AUGUCUACUAGAUACAAGUCGUAUCGAGAUCGAUGGAAGAGACUACCAAAGAGUAAGAAGAGUCCGUAUGAUGUACACAUCCAACAUCCUCAGUACUGGACUCCUGGAUCAGACACACCAUCCUUCUGUUCACAUGGUGCUCUUGAUUGCUCCAAGAAACUGUGUGCAAAUAUUGGCAAGGAUCUAAUACUGCCACCACAAGUCUCUUUACACUCUAAAAGUGACAAAUGCAGAUAUCAAGACAAACAACUGCAAAAACUGACUUGUCCAUAUCUGUUGACCAACUCCAGUAGCAGCUCGAGUGACAUAUCUACCGACAGUGGCAUUAGUCAGGGAAACUUGACACAUGGUCAAGAACCGACUACACCAGUUUUCAUGAUUGCUGGUUCUGUACCAAGCCAGAUGAGCCAAACAAAGUACUGUCCAUCAGGACGAAACAGACAUGUUAGAUUGUCAAUGAGACAGUCUUUGUCAGCAGCUACAAAUAUCAAGACGCUUCCAACUGAAAGUAGACAAGCUUCCUCGCCCAUGGAUGAUGUUUCUUAUUUGUCAGAUAAAUUAUCAUCUAGUUUAUCACAGAGCAAACGGCGUCAACAUUCCUCUGCCUACUCCUCAUCAGUAGUGUUACAAUCUACUGGUAAGGCUACCAUUGCAUCCAUGAUCAGACCGUCAUCUGCUGCUUGCAUACAUUCUGCACACGAUGGUGGCUUGUUAUCAAACUCUACAGAUGUCUUUGAUCGUCUCAGUAAGCCUAAACUACCAGUAAAUAAAAACAAACACAAUGUUGCAACACGCAGACCAUCCUCUGCAAUUUCCUUCCAUACUGGACUUCGUCAUCGGCUACCAACAGACAGCACAGAUGAUGUAUUUAUUCGGCUUAGCAGACCCAAACAAUCAACUUCUGAGAAUAAUCAAGCAGACAUUUCUUCCAAACGUCACUCUGUAAUUGGAAUUGAACUAUUUGAGAGACUGAGCAUGCCAAAAGUAGUACCUAAACCACAUAAAGAUAUGUUUUUAAAGAACAGGUAUUACAGACCUGUGGCUAGUGAAUUUUUUGAUCGUCUUGCACAACCAAAAUCAAGAAGCUCAAGAAGCUCAUCAGUAGUUUUCCCAUCUCUGGAUGUUCCUAUUCUCUCACACUUCUCCACAGAUUCUGGUGCCAGUCUGUCGUCAAAGAGGAGUUGUUUGGUUAGGCCAAUAUCUCGAAGCUCAAGGAGUUCAUCAGUAUUUUCACAGUCUGUAGAUGUUGCCCAUCUCAGAGAACCCACAUCUUCUGAUGUCAGCCUGUCAUCAAGGAGACAUACAACUCUUCAAACAGUGCCUCUAGUUUCUAGAUGGCAAUCUUUCAUGCAGUCCCCAUCCUCUCUUGCUGGUACAGUGACCAAUGACCCUAUAUUGGAAGUUGAUGGUGAAGAUAUCCGAAGUCGCUCAGUGUCAGUAUCCAGUUUGAAUGCAUCUGAUGUGACACAAGAAGCCUCAGCUCUGCUAUCUUACUUUGAAAGUAGAAAUGAUUCUGUUGAUGAACUGCAACUAUUAUUAUCAUUGGAUGACAUUAAUGAAGACGAAGAUGUCUUUCUGUCAUCCUUGGAUUCUCAGACAUACAAACCAUUAACAGCAAAAGAAAUCCAUGAGAAAGAGAUUCAGUCAGGAGAGGAAGACUCUGAUAUCGAACUAGAGACAACAGAUAAAGCAGACAUGGUAGAUAUGGACGUGGAAGGUAUCCUUAAGUCAGCUGAAAUGCUGCUACAUUCGCAAGAUAUCGACGCCAAAGAUAAUUAAACAUCAGUUUCCCUCACACUGAUGAAAACAAUUUUGACAGUUAGGGAC